AAUACAUGGAAAGUCGCGACCAGCUUAUCUGUAUUUGGACACCAAACGUUGGCAUAUAGACAUGCAUGUGCGCUAGUCCAUAAUGUGUACAAAUAUAUUUGUAUACCCUUCGCUGAAAAGGAUUUGUCGUUCGUCAACCCCAUACCCAACGGGGAUAAUGAUUACACGUAUAAGCGGGAUUGUUACACAGCAUUGUAUACCGACAAAAUGGCAAAGGGUUUAUUUAUAGAUCCACCCACGAAGUAGGUCACACUCGUUCAAUCCAACCCGCAUUAGCACUAGCUAACCAAUGGACAACAGGGCGCUGAUCUAGAGAGGUUUCAUCUGCAGAUUCGACCGAAAGAACAGAUAAGAUGUCGUUUGACUUUUUAUCGGGAUUUGUAGAGAUCAGGAGUUUCCUUGCAGGAGACAAUGAUUCUGCGCAGGACUAUGAUCCACCGUGUAAGGACGUCGUGGCUCACCAAACCUUCUACCUCUAUCUCCUUGCCCCUGCGGUUCUCUUUACCUUGAUGUUGGCCUUCACAGAGAAGAGGUUCAUAAAGAGGGAUUGCUGCGGCGGGAGACCUUCUCUGGUGCAUCCCCAGGAUGUGAUUGGCCGCUCAAAUCGAGUGUCGUAUGCCGCGGCGUUUGGAUCCAUAGCUUUCUUAUGUGCCGGUGUGAUUUUCGAGGGAACGUAUGCCAUCGACUACACGGGUCCACUCUAUCUGAAAGUUUUUAUUCUGUUGCUGUCUAUGGUGAUAUACGGUAUCGGAUAUUAUCCUUUGUUCCUGUCCCUGUCCCUGGAUUCCAUACCCGGUUAUAUUGUCGGUAUCAUCUACGCCUGGUUUCUGACGGGCAUGAACUUCGCCAGGACUUUCAACUGUAACAAUCCUGCAGCUAUGGAUAUUGGGAUUCUUGUCAUCCGCGGUCUUCCGGAAUUCCUGUGUCAGAUAUACCUGUGUUUUAGCCUUCCGGUUCGACUGAUUCUGCGCAUUCGACGACGGAACAUUGUAACCUCCAAAGACGUCCAGGAUGAAGCAAGGAGUUGCUACUCUGGGCUACACGUUCGAAAAAUCUUUGAAAAACCCAAACCCCCGAAGCCGGAACCCGAAUCACUAGUUGGGAAAGUCGUUGCUUUGAUAAAAUCCUUGCCUGCGCGUCUGCUCUAUUUCAAUAUUCCAAAAUUUCGCUACUCCGGUAGGGUUUUGUCUGUAUUUGCUGUUGCCUUCAUCAUUUUGUACAAAGUGACCGUCGAAUUCAUUGUUGCGGCUAUUUCCUUGUUCCAAUUUGGAGAUAUACUACUAGGGCUCAUUUUAAAUGAAGUUGGAUUGGAGGCACAACCAAUGGAGGACGAAACAAUAUCUACAACAAGGGAAAUAGUUAACCUCUUAUUCUAUAUCCUGUACGCGUUAAAAGGUUGCGUUUACACCGCAGUGGUAUGCGCAUUCGUCCUUGGCUGUGUUCUGAUGCUCCAUUCCUUGUGCACAUACAGAAUGUACCUUUUGGAAUCAUACAAGGGCAACCAUGAGUUUCUGAUACCAAGUGAAGACAGCAGCAAUGCAAGUAAACUGGUAGGAUUCAUGCGAUACGCUGGGUACCAAGUGGCUUAUAUAGGAUGGGGUUUCUUUGUACAGAUGAUUGUGCUGGCUGUGGUAUCAAUAGUGAUAGCAACAGUUGUCGUAUUGUUCCAGUUCGGACUUGGGGGUUGGUUUAUUGAAAAGCUACAUGCAAUAUGGCCUGUUCUAUUGACAACGUUGGUUGUAAAUUUCGCGCAGCUGUUAAUGGCAAGAUGCGCAUUUUUACAGAAGGGAGGUGAAUUUAUGGCUUUAAACAACAGACGUCUGUUCUUCAUAACGGUGUAUUUCAUGUUCUUCUACAAUAUAUUCCUGGGACUGGUUUCUUGUCUGUUGAGGAUCCUAAAGGCCAUACUAAUAGGGGCUUUCUUCCUCCCCCGUCUGGAUCACAGCACGUUGCCAAGACGUUUCCAGUGGUUUGAUCCAGGUUUCGCUGCAUAUUGUGGUUUUAUAUACGUUGAGAGUGCUCAUACGAACCCAGUUGCAAUAACUUUCGUCAAAAUGCUGAAAAUAGAAACACUGACUACAAAGGAACUGGGUGCCGGGACAACUGUUACUAGAGCAGGAAGAAAAGUCCAAGAAUCCCCAGCAGCAGUGAAAUAUAUUCCGAUGACUGAAAAAACUGUUCCGACAGUUGACAAUAUGACCGCCCAACGCAGGUCCAGACAAGCUUUGUUUCGGUGGCAAGUAGCUUACACACUGAUCCGGAACCCAGAGCUGCUGGUGCGUAGGAAGUUUGAUAUUUUGAGAAGUCUGGAGCUGCUCGGAGAGUUGAACAAACCAACGAGCAAAGAAGAUAUGGUGUAACAAAUCAUGACAAAUUUGUUUAAGUUUAAGUUCAGCGUCAAAUGGUAAUUGUGAAACACAUAUUUUCCACAUUUCAAAGAAGUUUAUGUAUACAAGUUUUGAUAGGUGUGUUAUGUCCCUACAUAUGAACUUGAUUAAUAAGUUUAUACACAAACCAUUUACUUUACUAUAUAUUUAAUCGACAUAUCUUUUUACAAAGAAUAUUUACAUUAGGAUAUUAUGCCCGGGAACCGUUGUUCGAUGCAUUGAUUCCUUUUUAUAGAUAUUUUUAAGAUAGUUUUCAUAUGAUUUUACUCAUUUACAUGUUCACAGUAUUUGUAUGACAUAUUACUUUUCCUCUGUUUUGUACCAAUGCUUGUUUAUAAUUAAACUGAAGCUAAUCCGCCUCAUUCAACCUCCCUAUCACUACAUUCCUGUUUUAAUCCAUAUCUUCAGAUAGUGAACUGUUCAAAUCGCCCUUCUUUCGUUUUCCGUGGUCCGUCCGUCGUCCGUCCUUAAACAAUUCUUGUUAACGCUUUUUCUCAUAAUGUACAGAAGCGAUCUUUCUCAAAUGUAUAUAGAAGUGCAUGUACCCCUAAGUCUUUAGUUGUGCACCUAAACUUUUGACACAGAUCAGAUAAAACAACUGGACGACAGGCGGCCAUUUUUGAUUUUGACAGUUAAUGUUUGAAUUUCUUAGAAAGUACUUGAGGAUCACUCUCGAAUUUAAUAUGCAAGUUCCUUCAGGUCUGUAGUGGUGAAUGUUAAUUUUGAGAUUGAUCGGGUAAAUUAAAUAGCCGACAGACGGUCAUCUUAGAUUUUGACGAUGAAUGUUUGUUACCGCUCUUUCUCAAAAAGAACUUAGAGAAUCAUAAUCAAAUUCUAUGUGUAGGUUUCCUUUAAUCUUUAGUUGUGUAUGUUUACCUUUGUUGCUGAUCGGAUAAAAAAAAUGGCCGACAAGCUACCAUCUUUGAUUUUGACAAAAAACGUUUGUUGUCGCAAUUUUAUAGCACGUACAGAUUUGAUUUGUAGGUUCCUUUUGGUCUGUAGUUGUGCAUGUUUAUUUUUUGAAUCUGAAAGAAUAAUAACAAAAUGCACAACAGGCGGCUAUUUUCGAUUUUGACAGUUAAGAUAUGUUACAUUGUAUCCUUAAAUUCAAGAAACAGAUUUCCCUCGUACAUUUUGUACAAGUGAAAAUGUAGUGUUCACAUUUUUGCUUAUUUUACUAAAGUAACGUUUUAAUAUGGCCGUCAAUCAUGAUCGAUUCACGCCACUCGCUUUCCUGAACUGUGAUUCUAUAAUAUAUAAAGACGGGUUUAUUUAUAAUAUUCUUCAUACGAGUAAAAUUAACCAGAGUUUGUAGUUCAGUAUUAAUAUUGUUUAUAUGGUAAACAAAUCAUAUGUUAAAAUUUAAGUCGAGUGCUAAAAUGAAACGGUUAUAUUAAAUAUGAGCUGUAAUUAAAACUGUAUGCUUAGACUGAUUUGGUAUGAUGAAAAUGAAUAAGUAUGAUACAAAAUUGGAAACUACCAUACAUGAUGACAACUACUGUACAUGUAUGUUACAUAUGAAUCGGUAUGUUGUUUUGUUAUUUGAAGGGUUAUGCGUGUGCUUCGUAUUGUGUUAUCAGUCUGGAACGUUUGGUAAAAUUUUAACUCCUCAAAGGAGUUUGGGGACUUAUUGCCUUUGCCGUUUUUAUUUUUAUGUAUACGUUCACCAUUCAUAUUCUCAUAUUUUCCUCAUUUUCUUAAUUUUCCUCUACCAAUGUUUUCUUGACGUUUCCUAGGAGACUUAUUGCCAAAUACUAUUAUUGAUGAUAAUUAGUAGAUGUGGGUCCCUUUUUAUGUCUAAGUUUGCUCAUACCUAGAAUGUAAGUCUAUUUGGGAAUAGUAUGAACUCUCUGCAAUGUAUAUUUGCGAUUAAAACAUUUGUUUAAAUUCAGUAAACUUAUAAGUGAUUGACUAGGAUUUUUCUACAUAUCAUUUACUGAUCAAAUGCGUUUCGUAUGUCUUCUUUUUAUCUGACAAUCUGACAGAUAAUUUAUCCAGCGUGGAGUGUGAUUUUUUGAUUUUUUUUUUGCGGUGGUUCGUUCGUCUUCCAUGUCGUUUCAUUGUCUUUUUAAUCGAUUUAUAAUUUCUAUUUUGACUUUGCGUAUUGAAGCAAAAUUAUAGUUUGUUCUUGGGUGUUGACGAGGAGUUUAAAUCUUGAUUUUAGAUUCUUUUUAUUAGAGUAAACCGUUAACAGUAGUAUCUCAGUUGAUACUAUUAAAUGAAACUGACACUGGUAAAUGUCUUUUUUGUAUUUUAGCUACAGGUAUAGUAUGUACUGUGUAUUUAGCUAAACAACACCUUAAAUAUAUAACUACACUCUAAAAAUUUAAAGUUAGGCAAAACCAGAAUUUUCUAGAAUGCCAUAUGCUCAAGGUCACAUUUGCUCGACUUUAUUAGAUUGUUUAUAGUAAUAAUCAUGUAAAAGUAGGUGCGGAAAGCACAUGAUAACUGUUUAACAGUAAUUAACUGGGUUACCUUGUCAAAGGAACUGGCCUUGCUAAUCUGUGCUGAUCUGUGCUUAGGCUAGCUAGAAACAAACACGAUGUGGAUGAUAUUCUCUGCACGAUUUAUUUUUAUUAACAACAUGUUUGUUCAAAUAGUUGAAUAAUAUGUACUUAAAUACGAACAAACGGAUUAUAUAAUGUACUUCGUCUAUCUAGGUUUUCAAAUUCCAGUUUUCAUUUUAUGUCACAAUUUCUUUAUUGAAUAUUGCAUCUUAAACAAAUUCUAAAGGAAUUGGGCAACAUGCGUAAUAUAUAACCUUGUGUAAUGACGUUUUAAUGUAAUACUGUGAUAUGUGAUGUAAACAACCUUUACAACGAGAAACAAUUAAUAGAGUGUUUUAUCAAUAUUUCAGAGUGGAAAUUAAAUGGUAACUACUUGAAUAUACAUUGCAUUGCAAUGAUAUUAUCAUUAUAAUGUGUGUAUGAUAUGUGCCUUUUACAUAGUGAGUCAACUGUUAAAAGGAUUUGGUACGCCUUAUUUUUGUCACUGUUUAGUUGACGUGUCUAAUUGCUAUUAGCAGGAUACAUCGAAUGUUUUGUAAUUUUGAUUUUCAAAACGGUGAUGAAAAUGUGUUUUUUUUUUACGAUAUUUUGGAUUCACAUUUUCACACUCAACUGAACGAACUGAAUUGACCUCCAUACUGGCGAGACCAAAAGGCAUAAAUAUUAAAUAGAUCUGUUUUAAUACAUGUUUACCCUUUCUACCGGUUGAUGCAUAUACCUCAUUCUACUGCCUGGAGGAAGACAUCUAUGUGAGAAAGGAGGAGGGUAUAUAACUGAGAGCAGGGGACGUUUCAGCUGAUUUACAACUACAAAGCGUUCUUCACCAAGUUAGGGUUAGUUGACAAGGGAAGUAACUCUGCCACUCAGGACGUCAUUGCGAGAUAUACCAGGAUGUCGGUGAAUGUGUUAAAUUGGAAAUGUACUUUUUACAUUCCCGGUGACAUAAGAAAAUACUCUUUACAAAUAAACAUGUUCAGCGAUAUCCAUGUAGUGUAAUAUAAAUUAUAAAAUUAUUUUUUAUUCAGGGCAUUUUAAAAUUAAAGUAAACUUCUUACUUUUUAAAAAAUAUUAGCGCCUAUGGUAACAAUAACGUUAUAAUUCAAGAAUGAACAUAAAUUCCAUUGCUACUUAUACAAAUUUUGUGAAUUGAUAUUUUUUUACAUAUGCUUGUAUAUAUAUUUAUAUAUAUAAGUAUGUUAACACCUUUGACAAUAUGUGUGUUCAAACUAACAUGUGUUUCAUAUCCAUGUAUAGUGAAAAUGAAUUAUAUGUGGUUAUGUUUGUGACAAUUAAGUCACACUGAAAAUGCCUGAAAGAAUAUUAGAAAUACGCAGAAUUAGCUCCUAGACUUGAAUUCCUGAAGAAAAAAAUUGGUAUGCUUUCGUGAUUUUUCGUGAAUGUAGAUCUGUUCAAUGAUAAUCUUUUUAAAAUCAUAAAAUAAACAGCAUUACCUGUUCACAUAUUAUGCUUUAUC